AUGGGGCACACCCCAGAGGUGCCAGCCACACCAGCGGAGAGCACCAAACGACUACUUACACAGACUGACAAGACUUCCUGUACCAUCCCGAAAGGGACAAUCCUGGACCACAACGGUCCCCAGGCUCGUGGCCUGCGGGCACCAGCUCUCACACAACUUCAGGGCAGAGAAGGAAUCCCGCCUCCAAGACACCACGGCUCUACCCAGCUGAGACGGAAUCCCAGUGUGAAUCCCAAGCCUGGAAAGAAAUUGACAACCGGUGGUCGCUGGGUCCACAGCAGCAAGGCUAUAAUUCUGGUGCAAGCUAGAGACAAGAGUUCCACUACAUGCCGCAUCUGCACGGUCACCCACCCUCACGAACUGUACCCACAGAAGAGCACCGGUCAUUAA